CUUUCUCCUCCACAAGUCUGAGAGAUAAACUAUUCUAUGUUCCUCUAAUUUAUUUAUAAUCUCGUUCUUUAUGCCUAGGUCAUAGACCCAUUUUGAUCUUAUCUUGGUAUAUGGUGUUAAGUGUGGGUCCAUGUGCAUGGGUAAUUUUUCAGCAUUGACAAUUGCAAAACUUUUUGUUCCAGUUUUUCCCCUCCUUCCCCCCACCCCCUCCCCCAGAUGGCAGGAUGACCAAUACAUGUUAAAUAUGUUAAAGUAUAAGUUAAAUACAAUAUAUGUAUAUAUAGCCAUACAGUUAUUUUGCUAUACAAAAAGAAUCGGACUUUGAACUAGUGUACAAUUAACUUGUGAAGGAAAUAAAAAAUGCAGGCGGGCAAAAAUAGAGGGAUUGGGAAUUCUAUGUAGUGGUUCAUAGUCAUCUCUCAGAAUUCUUUUGCUGAGUGUAGCUGGUUCAGUUCAUUACUGCUCUAUUGGAACUGAUUUGGUUCAUCUCAUUGUUGAAGAUGGCCAGGUCCAUCAGAAUUGAUCAUCAUAUAGUAUCGUUGUUGAGGUAUAUAAUGCUCUCCUGGUUCUGCUCAUUUCACUUAGCAUCAGUUCAUGUAAGUCUCGCCAGUCCUCUCUGUAUUCAUCCUGCUGGUCAUUCCUUACAGAACAAUAAUAUUCCAUAACAUUCAUAUACCACAAUUUACCCAGCCAUUCUCCAAUUGAUGGGCAUCCAUUCAUUUUCCAGUUUCUAGCCACUACAAACAGGCUGCCACAAACAUUUUGGCACAUACAGGUCCCUUUCCCUUCUUUAGUAUCUCUUUGGGGUAUAAGCCCAGUAGAAACACUGCUGGAUCAAAGGGUAUGCCCAGUUGGAUAACUUUGGGGGCAUAGUUCCAGACUGCUCUCCAGAAUGUCUAGGCCUGGUUCUUUAUGGAUGAUGGAGGGGGAGGAGGGGGAGGAAGUUUGUGGCCGUGGCAUUGUUUUCCUGGCUCCUAAGACUUCACCUACAUCCCUGCAAGCUUCCCUGCUCAUCACCUUCCUCUUGGUACACAGUUCCAUCACGUAACUAGCACUUGUUCUCUCUGGAGCCCGCCAGGCGCUUCAGCGCUAUUACCUCACGGGUCUAACAGCCCCGAGCCUUCCUUUAAGGACACACAGCAGCCCCCGCCUCCCCCGAAGCCGCCGCCGCGGGGCUGACAGCCAGGCCCGGUGACCUCAGCCCUCCGAGGCCCCAGCAGUGCUCCAAGGGCUUGCGGCCGACAGCUGCUGCUUACACAAAUGAAAGCGCACACCUCCAGCCCGCCAGCUGUAAAGAAAGGGUCAGAUGAACUCGAGGGGUCAAAUACAAAGGAAAGGAAGACGAACAGGAACACUCGCCCAGGAGGGGCGGAGCCUUGCUGCGGAGGGCGAGGCCUAUGCUAAGGGAGAGCCCGGUCGGAGCGGUCGGCUCCGGGUAAAGCCGGCGCAAAGGAGGAGACCUGUAGCCCAUAUGGGGUGGGAUUUGCGGGGCAGGGGCGGGGCCUGCUCCGGGGCCGCGGCUUCCGGGGUAGCUCGGCCCGACGCUUUUUUUGCAGGGCGGGGGCGGGGCGGGGUGGUGGAGGCGGUGGGCGUGCCCGGCGCUCCCGGAAGUGGCGGUAGACUGUGGCGGUUGACGACGACUGCUAUGGCGGCGGUGGCGGGCGGCGCGGCGGCCGGAACGGCGCGUUCCCUGUCGCGGUUCCGGGGCUGUCUGGCCGGGGCGCUCCUCGGGGACUGUGUGGGGGCCGUCUACGAGGCGCACGACAACGUUACCAUGGCGUCAGUACUGAGUCACGUGAGCAGCCUGGAGCCGGAGCCUGGAGCAAAGGGGAGCGCGCGCACAGCUCCACCCGACCUCAGCCCUCUCCCUGCAGAGGCCCUGUACUACACAGAUGACACUGCUAUGACCAGAGCCCUGGUGCAGUCCCUGCUGGCCAAGGAGGCCUUCGAUGAGGUGGACAUGGCCAAGAGGUUUGCUCAGGAGUACAAGAAAGAUCCUGAUCGAGGCUAUGGUGCUGCAGUGAUCACUGUGUUCAAAAAGCUGCUGAACCCCAAAUGCAUGGACGUCUUUGAGCCAGCUCGGGCUCAGUUCAACGGGAAGGGUUCCUAUGGCAAUGGGGGUGCCAUGCGGGUAGCUGGCAUCUCCUUGGCCUACAGUAACACCCAAGACGUUCAGAAGUUUGCCCGACUUUCAGCCCAGCUGACCCACGCCUCCUCGCUGGGCUUCAACGGUGCCGUCCUGCAGGCUCUGGCCGUGCAUCUGGCCCUACAAGGGGAGUCGUCCCGGGAGUGGUUUCUCCAGCAGCUCUUGGACCACAUGGAGGAGGUGGAGAGUGAUGACCGGUCUCUGUCAGAAGCACGGGAGCCUCCGUGCCCGUUAGCUGUGACCUCCCUAGCCUCUCUUUGAUUCCCAGGCUGGGCAUGGGGGAGCGGCCAUACUCGAGCAAACUGAAGAAGAUCGGGGAGUUCUUGGAGCAGGGCUUAAUGGCCAAGGAGGAAGUUUU